AUGCCAGAGGUAGACGAGGCAGAGGUCAGGCGUCUAAACAAGCAAAGAAUUGAAAAAAUGAAGGAAAUGGAUAAAAAUGAAAGGAAAGAUUUAAUUGAAUCAGCUCAAAUCCAUAUAGUUGUAGCCACUUUACUAAUGACAAUCACCUUCGCAGCUGGUUUCACGUUGCCGGGAGGUUUUGAGAGCGAUCCCAAUAGUUCUAAUAAAGGGAUGGCGAUUCUGAUAAGUAAAUCAACAUUCCGCGCAUUUGUUGUUUCAAAUGCCAUCGCCUUUGGAUGCUCCUCAGGAGCUAUACUCUGCUACUUUCUCGUGGGAAUAAUGCAACAACAUCGGUCUCCAGUUUCAUUGGUGAUUAUGAGGAAAUUAAAUGGGAUCGCAGUUAAUUUGUUGUCUUCGGCAAUGUCAGUCGUUGUAAUUGCAUUUGUAACUGGUAUGUAUGCUGCUUUAGCACAUUCAGUUGGUCUCGCCGUUACUGUUUGUGCCCUCGGUUGCAUCUCUUUCCUUGUGCACCUGCUUGUCUUUUUCUCUACUACUUAG